AUGCAAUAUGCCGUGGCCCUCGGAGCCAAGACGGACGCCCUGACGCACUCGCCCGGCAAGGAAAAUGACUGCAAAAGGAUGGGUUCCAAGGACGUCAUCGUGACCGGAAAGGAGGGCUGGCAAGAACCGCACAAGUUCAAGUUUGACUUGAUCCUCAACUGCGCCAACGUGACGGACCGGUUCGACAUUCCGUCUUACUUUUCGCUCCUCAAGCCCGGAUCUGACUUCUACAUGCUGAGCGGCAGCCACAUUGGCAACCAUCAAGAGAUGGAGGCGCUGCUGAAGCUUGCUGCGGAAAAGGGCGUGAAGCCGUGGGUUGAAACAAUUGAUGUUUCGGAAGAGGGUUGCAAGCACGCCGUCGAACGACUCGAGGACAAUAAGGUCGCCUACCGGUUUACGCUUACGGGUUUCGACAAGGCACUUGGCCGGGCAUAG